AUUCUAGACGAUAGAAUGUCCGCAGCUUUGGGGUGUUCCAUCAUUCUACGCUUGUUUCUCAGACCACAAACUUUGGCAAUGCCUGGGUCACUAUACUUACUCGGUCUUGGCUUGCUCCUCUCGGGGACACCCUCCCUCGGCAAUGACUGUCCGUACAGACCCACCGCCACGGAACAGUUUGACUACAUGCUGGACCUCUCCGGAAACGGAGAAUAUUUCCUCUUCUGGAAAUUCAACACUACCCACAUCACCUUCGAGGCCCACGCCAAGACCCAUGGUUGGCUUGGGUUGGGACUGUCCCCCACGGGACGUAUGUACCCCGCCGAUAUGGUCACUGGGUGGGUCAAGUCUGAUGGAUCCAUCGUGUUCACGGACCGUUUUAGCUCUAGUUACUACCCUCCCAAAAAGGACGAGGCCCAGGACUACCAGCUCCUGAGGGCGGAGGAGAACGAGUUCGGCACCAUCCUGAAGUUUUCCCGGCUCCUGGAUACGUGCGACUCCAAGGAUUUCGUGAUUUCUGAGGAUACGGUGCGGAUCCUGUACGCCUACCACCCAGACGACCCUGUGUCCGAGGACAGACUGAUCUACCACGGGGGGUCCAGGAGGGGGUUCAAAAGUGUCCGUCUGCUGGAGUCACGCGCCAAGAUCCCCGAUCUCCCAGACGACGUGCAAUACUUUGAUUUCUUAAACGGCAUCAACGGCAAAAACAACAUGAUUAAUCUUCCAGCGAGAGACACGUUUUACCACUGUACUACAUUCAAUAUGCCCGAUAUAGGAGGGAAACGCCACGUUAUCAGAUAUGACCCGGUUGUAACACCAGGGAAUGAGAAGAUCGUCCACCAUGUUGUAUUAUACCGCUGUCGGGGCGAGGAGCCGAAGUACGCCCACAUGGACUACGAUUGCUACGCGGCUACCACGGACUAUCGACCCGAAUGUCGCUCGGUGUUCCUCAUGUACGAGAUAGGUGCCGGGUCCUUUAUUUGGCCUGAACACACCGGUUUGUCUCUUGGAGCCGAGGGAGACCCAUCGUUCUUUGUAAUGGAGACACAUUAUUCCAACCCCGACCUCAGAGAUGAUAUCUUGGAUAAUUCCGGCAUUCGAAUAUUUUACACCAAUCAUUUACGUCAGCACGAGGCUGGUGUCAUGGAAACAGGGAUGGAGAUAACUCUUACUCAGUUUAUUCCACCUCACGAGGACAGUUUCUUGUCUGAAGGCAUUUGCUCAAUGGAAUGUCUUAAAUUGGGACUACCAAACGCUACAGACGAAAUUAAAGUGUUCGCGCUCUUCCACCACUCUCAUCUACUCGCUAGAGGCAUGAAAACCAGACUUAUCCGCAAUGGAGUCGAGCAGCCACCGAUAGCUAACGAUGACAAUUACGACUUCAAUUAUCAAGCAGCUAACGUACUGCAAAAGGAAAUUACAAUCAAAUCGGGUGACAGUUUGAUCAUCGAAUGCAAUUACCAGUCCAUGAACCGCACGAACGUUACCAUGGGCGGAUUAGGGAUAAGAGAGGAAAUGUGCCUGUCCUUCCUAAUGUACUAUCCAAAGGUCAAGGUCGAUGCUUGUUUGAGUUCACCGGCGCAUGACGCGCCUUCGGAUUUCCAAAUAGACCAGAUGACGUCAUAUUUAAAGCAGGUUGAUCAUCACUCUCAGGGUCAAAUGAAUCGAUUAAACAGCAUGAUAAACGAGAUAGACUGGAGGAACCCGAGUGUUCGCGCCAAAUUCAGAAACAAAGCCAAGUUGUCGGGCUUCGAUAACCAGUGCUUCUAUAGAGGCAAAAAGGUUCUCGGAGACUAUUUCCAGAGACCGGAAGUUAAUACCCCAUACCAAAAACCAAAGUCCUCAUGUACCACCUAAAACAGAACACAGGCCGUAAUAUUGCCUCACGACUGAACAAAGUCAUAAUGCCGAUACUCAUAUAUGAUCAUAACAUACCAUUUGUAUGCGUAUCUCACUUUUUAUGUAAACAUGCAAAUCAUGUUUGACAUAUACGUAAGUUCAAUAAAAUAUUGAUAUUUUUUAAAACACAA